AUGUGCCUUGGUAACUCCCCAAAUGGUCUCGCAGCAUGUUCAACUUUUGGCAAGAAGGUGUUCAUAAUUGAUACAAAAAACGGUCUCGCUCCAGUUUUGAACUACGCCCACCACAAAGGAGCUGUGCUCACAUUGGCUAUGCAGGAUAAUAUUGUAUAUUCGUGUGGUGAAGAUCGCCGGAUAGUUAUGGUGGAUAUUCGAAAUUCGAGCAAACCUGUGUCUGGAUUGGCUUCUAAAAUUGAUGGUCUGCGGGGUAGCAUUUCCCCUUCUGGAACGGCUACCAUUGAUGGAAAUUUUCACUUGCGUCACUGUGCGGAAGCGUUAUGCAUUAAAGUUUGA